AUGACGGUGCCAUUCGACCUUUUCAGUUGGAAACAUGAGAUUGUAUCCUCUCUUCCAGGUACCGUCACUUCAUGUGCCUAUGACUGUCGUGACAAGUUGUACGUGGUGUCCGCACUAUCUUUUGGUAAAGUGAAGUUCACUUGUUUAUCAUUGUCGACCGAGACCAUUGCGGACCUUGUUUCGCCACCUAGAGACGCGAUCGACAAGAACAAUCUGGUACUCUCACCGACAGAGAAAGAUACUCUCUAUUUACUCAGAGGACACAAUCACAGCUACCGAUACUCAAUCACCAACCAAAAAUGGACCAAGAUCACAAACAACGACAACAACAACAUCAAACAGAAGGUAGAACCCUACAUUCGUGUGAAGGGCUCUUGUGUCCUGUCAGACAAGCGUCGUCAUUCUCGCAGACCGGUCUCCAAUCCAAUAAACCCAACAAACGAUGAUUGA